CAAGUGGCGAUUGUGUUUGUGUUGUGGUUUGAGUUACUUGUUCGUUUGAACUUCCGUUAUGUUUGAAAUAGUUUUGAAAAUUGAUUGAAAUAACUUUUUAAAGUAAAAGUACUAAUCAAAAACUGUAAUAUGGCCAGAAAAAGAGGUAGAUUGAGUGAAGAAGAAUGCCCUGAGCCUCAAAACAUUGAAGUUGAUGCUGAUGAUAUUUUUCCCGCCGGAGACAUCCAUGAACAUGAAGCUUUGGAUUUUCAUGUUGAAGAUCAAGGAUUUCGUGGUAUUAGAAAUAAACGUAGACGAGUUGUUGGAGGCAGAGGACGAGGAGGUGCACGAGGCCGUGGUGGGAGAGGAGGUCGAAGAGCCGUUCAAGAAUCGCCAACUGAUGAUCCCAAUAGUUUGUUUGAAGUUGUAAAACAAGGUAGAAGUGCCUUGCAGUGUGUUGUAGAUGAUUGGAUUGAAGCCUAUAAACAAGAUCGCGAUAUAGCGUUGCUUGAUUUAAUGCAAUUUUUUAUUCAGUGUGCUGGGUGUAAAGGUCGUAUCACACCACAAAUGCAAGCAACAAUGGAACAUGCACAAAUCAUUCGUAAAAUGACUGAAGAAUUUGAAGAAGAAAGUGGUGAUUAUCCUCUCAUCAUGAGUGGACCUCAGUGGAAGAAAUUUCGUACCAAUUUUUGUGAAUUUGUGCAGGUCAUGGUACGGCAAUGCCAAUAUAGCAUUAUUUAUGAUCAGUAUUUGAUGGACAAUGUCAUUUCAUUAUUAACAGGAUUAUCUGAUUCUCAAGUACGAGCAUUCCGUCACACAGCUACUUUGGCUGCAAUGAAAUUAAUGACAGCUCUUGUCGAUGUGGCAUUAAAUUUAAGUAUCAAUUUGGAUAAUACUCAGCGUCAAUAUGAAGCUGAACGUCAGAAAAACAGAGAUAAAAGAGCUACAGAAAGAUUAGAGAUGUUGCUGAGCAAAAGACAAGAGCUUGAAGAGAAUAUGGAGGAAAUUAAAAACAUGCUGACCUACAUGUUUAAAAGUGUGUUUGUACAUAGGUACAGAGACACUCUUCCAGAGAUUCGUUCCAUUUGUAUGUAUGAAAUUGGCCAGUGGAUGAAGAAAUUUCAUCAGCAUUUCCUAGAUGACAGCUAUCUAAAAUAUAUUGGUUGGACUCUUCAUGAUAAAGUUGGAGAUGUCCGCUUAAAAUGCUUACAAGCUUUGUUGCCUUUGUAUGGAGCUGAAGAACUCACAAGUAAAAUGGAAUUAUUUACUAAUAAAUUUAAGGAUCGUAUAGUGGCUAUGACUUUAGAUAAGGAGUAUGAUGUUGCAGUUCACGCUGUUAAGUUGGUGAUUAGUAUUCAUAAGUAUCAUAGAGAUAUUCUGACUGAUAAAGAUUGUGAGCAUGUGUAUGAGUUGGUGUAUUCUUCUCACAGAGCAGUUGCACAGGCAGCCGGUGAGUUUUUGAAUGAGAGAUUGUUUCAACCUGAUGAAGAAGCUGUGCAAGGUUUGAGAACCAAAAGAGGCAAGAAACGAUCCAUUAACACUCCUUUAAUUAGAGAUCUUGUUCAGUUUUUUAUUGAGAGUGAAUUGCAUGAACAUGGUGCUUAUUUAGUUGACAGUUUGAUUGAAAGUAAUCCAAUGAUGAAAGAUUGGGAAUGUAUGACAGAUUUGUUGUUGGAAGAACCUGGACCACAAGAAGAACCUCUUGAUGAUCGGCAGGAGACAUCAUUGAUUGAAAUAAUGGUGUGCUGUGUUAAACAAGCUGCCACAGGAGAACCUCCAGUAGGUCGAGGUCCUAACAGGAAACAGCCCUCUGUAAAGGAAUUGAAACAAGUGUCUGAUGAUAGAAUUAAAUUGACUGAACAUUUUAUAAUGACCUUACCUUCUCUCUUAGCAAAAUAUCUUGCUGAUGCUGAAAAAAUUGCAAAUUUAAUGCUUAUACCUCAGUAUUUUGAGCUAGAGAUAUAUACUACCAGUCGUCAAGAGAAAAAUUUGGACAGUUUGUUGAAAUUGAUUCAUGACAUUGUUGAGCGACACAAUGAUACUGAUGUUUUGGAAGCUUGUGCUAAAACUUACGAAGUUCUUUGUAAUGAAGAAUUGGCUAUCCACUCUAGAUGUGCUGUAGCCAGAGGUACUUUAGUUGACUCGUUAGUUCACAAGUACAAGCAAGCAUCAAGCGAUUACAUGCAAGCUGGUGAAGAAGUUGAUGAAGAUGAAAUAUUCAUUGUAACAUCCGCGAUGAAAAAGGUUUCCAUAUUUUACAGCUGUCAUAAUUUAGGCCCAUGGAGUAUAUGGGAUAAUAUCUAUGACUUUUGGGUCAAAGGUGCUAUACAAGACAAAGGCUUACCAGAAGAAGUGGUUAAGUAUGCCAUGUCCUGUUGCUCCAUGGGAAUAAUGUGGGAUUUGGCUAUGUUAGAUGAUACAAGUCCUUUGCCAGUUGCUGUUGCAAGUCUUCGCAAUAGAUUGAAAGACUUUGUUGAUACCAUGAGAGAUUUAUUGAGUCACCCUGUUGAUACUUUAGAAGAGGCAGCUUUUGUUAUCAUUUGUGACCUCCUAAUUGUGUUCUGCAAACAAUUAGCUGAAAAUACAGGAUUGACUCCCCUUGUUUAUGAACCUGACAGAGUACUCCAGAUGCAGUUGAGUUCAUUUGUGCAAAAGAAGGUAUUUAUUGAAGAUGAGGAUGAUGAUCAAGAUGAACAUACAAAAAUUGAAGAAUUGCACAAGAGACGUAACUUUUUAGCCUCAUUUUGUAAAUUAAUUGUAUAUAACAUUAUCAGUGUGAAACAAGGUGCAGACAUUUUUAAACAUUAUGUGAAGUUUUAUAAUGAUUACGGAGAUAUAAUUAAAGCAACUUUAGGGAAAGCUCGAGAAAUCAAUAAGGUGAACUGUGCAAAAACCAUGGCAAUGGCUCUCACAUCCCUUUUCACAGAUCUGAGAAAUUCAACCCCCACUGGGCAGAUUAAUCGUCAGGAUGAAAAUUUCCUUGCUAUUAAAGAAUUGGCUAAACGAUUUGCAUUAUCGUUUGGAUUGGAUCAAGUGAAAAAUCGAGAUGCAGUUGCUGCACUUCACCGGGAAGGAAUAUUGUUUACUGUAACUCCAAUCGAAAAUCCUGCUGAUCCUCUGGGACCACCUCCAAACCUUGCAUUUUUAGAAAUAUUAACUGAAUUCACCAAUAAGCUCAUGAAACUUGACAAGAGAGUUGUUCUCAAUUACUUAGAUCGUCAUAUACAAGCUAGUAUGCCAGGCACAAGAUCUGAAGAUUGGCAACCUCUUAUUUUGUAUAGAAACAGUUUAGUCCACGGUGAAGCUGAACAACCUCCUCCUAGAGCUCCUGGUCGUCAGUAUCGUGGUAGAAAGCGUCAGCGAGAUGAUGAUGAUCCAAGAAUGGAAGAUGAUGGAAAUAUGGAUCAAGAUUCAGAUCGUGGCUCAGAAAAUUGAAAUAUUAAUAAACAUUGUUACUUUUUGUCAUAAUUAAAACAUAUGUAAAUAUUCUACUUCUUAAUUUAAUGUUAACAAAUAUAAUUUGUUUUACAUUUUUGAAAUGUCUAUUAUAAUUUUUAGCAACAUGAUUAUAAAAUUAUAUAUAAAUUGUUUAUUAUUAGACUAUUUUGUGGUGAAAAGGUCAGUUAAGAAAUAUUGUAUUAAGUAAAACUUCAUUUUAUAACUGUUACCAUUUGUACAUAUUUUUAAAAAAAUUUCUACAAGAAAAAAAAAAUUGAAAUUCCAUUAUUUGUCUUUUCUUUUUUCAGAAUAUUUAAGAUCAAUAAAAUUUAUCAUAAAUUUUGAAAUGUGUUCAUUCAUAUUUUGUAGAAGCUAUGUAUGUGUGUUACAGGGAAUUUCAUGCAGUUUCUUUGAUUUAUAGUCUGUAUUUUCUGUAGGUGGUUCUAGGUCACAUUCUCUACCUUGUUAUUGGUUGUCUGGUACCAGUAAUGCAGUAGAAAAUGUGACCUUGAACCGCCUACAGAAAAUACGCAGAUUAUAAUUUAGUUCGAGCACUCCUCCUUCAUGCGUUUUUAAUCGUUGUAUAUAUGCUUUAAUAAAUGAAACUUGAGAAUAAUGAAAUAAGAAGAAAAAAUUAAUAAUGACAAUAGUAAAAUUUUAUUUAUGUUAAAAAAUUUUCUUAUAAAUAAUAUUUUGCAGAGAAUUUUAGGACCUAUUAUUUAUAUUCAGUUAAAAUGUAAAUAUGAAAAAAUUUUAACAAUAGAAAAUAAUAACCACAAGAUUUUUGUUUCUAUUUGUGUGUGUGGAGGACAGGAAUUUACAUCUUAUGUGGAUCUUUAAAAAACAAUAAAUAAAAAAAAUCUUUAAAAUCAAUAAAUAUUUAUUUUUAAGAAAACCUGACUUUAAAAUGGAUUGAACUUGUCUCUUUACAUCAAAUAUAAUACUUAUUUCCCACUUGGUUAUUUAUUAUAUCCCAGUUGUACAUGUCUUUUGAUAAGUAUUUUUCCUAGCCUUAUACUAUUUUAAAUAUUUAUAUUAUAAUUGCCAUUAUUAUAAAAA